ACCUCUGCAUCCAAACAUCCACAGUCCCAACAAAGAUUGCAAUCCACCUGGGCGUAAACUCCGUACCCAAACAAAAUGACGAUGCCCGUUCUUCAAGCUUCGAUGCCUCUGCACACGCUCUCCAAAAGACUCUCCCUUUCCUCUGCUCUCACUCUGCUUCACACUCACCGGUGGAGACCCCUCUCUUGCCAAAUGUCCGCCGACUCGUUCCACCUGACUCACUCCAUCACCCUGCCGAUUCAACUCGCUGAACCCGUCCAGAUCGUCGCCGCACCUGGCAUUUCCGAGUCCGAGUUCAGGACUGCUAUUAAUUCCUCCUUGUUCAAGCAGUGGUUAAGGAACUUGCAAAGUGAAACUGGAAUUUUAGCUGACAAUGCCAUGUCUCUGAAACGUGUACUUAUCCAGGGAGUAGAUAUGUUUGGAGAGCGCAUUGGGUUUCUCAAGUUCAAAGCUGACAUUUUUGAUAAGGAAACAGGAAAAAAGGUUCCAGGUAUUGUAUUUGCACGAGGACCGGCUGUAGCCAUACUGAUCCACUUGGAGUCGGAUGGUGAGACUUAUGCUGUUCUUACUGAACAGGUUAGGGUCCCUGUUGGGAGGCUUAUUUUGGAAUUGCCUGCUGGAAUGUUGGAUGAUGACAAGGGUGAUUUUGUUGGCACUGCAGCUCGAGAGGUUGAGGAGGAAACUGGUAUACACUUAAAUCUAGAAGACAUGGUUGAUCUCACAGCCUUCCUGGAUCCAGUAACUGGAUGCAGAGUCUUUCCUUCUCCUGUAAGCUGGCGAUGUUCAUUGUUCUGGGAGGGUGCGAUGAAGAAAUUAGCCUGUUUCUGUACAGGGGGCAUGUGGAUAAAGAGAUCAUCAUGCAACUGCAAGGAAAAGAAACAGGUCUUCGUGACCAUGGUGAGCUGAUUAAGGUUCGUGUGGUUCCCUAUAAAAACCUCUGGCGCAUGACAGCCGAUGCAAAGGUUCUAAUGGCCAUUGCUCUCUACGAAAUGGCUAAGAGAGAAGGUCUACUGCCUCCAUGAAGACCCAAUUGCUUAUUUUUCUAGACCCUAAACUUUUCAUGUGGGGUCAGAGUACUCACCAACUUUUGGUUUAUGGAAUGAUGGACCCUAAUCAUUCUAAAUUCUGAAGGAAUUUGUUCACCUGUUGCAGAACAUUGUUAUUGUUACUGUUGUCAGAUGAAUGAUCAUUUCUUCAGUUUCCCUCGAAUGGCCAAUGAGCUUUAGCCCAAAUGCUACUUCCUCCCUUUGUAGCAAGGUGGAAGGUGAGGUCGUGGAUUCAAGUUCUACCGGAUGCGUGUAACUUACCAAUAAAAUAAAAUAAAAAAUUCCUUGAAUGGAUAUUUCAGGA